AUGCCUCCGCCGCACCAGGAUCCGGAGACCUCGUCGACGUUCAAGGAGGAUAGCGACCUCUCACUAGCGUCAGAACCAUUGCGGGCGAUUCAGGACCAAGGGACGCAGAAGCAGUCAUGGCUGGGGUACCUGUGGGACACGGCGGACCUGGGUCCGCAGGAGCGGCGCCUGCUGUUCAAGGUCGACACGUCCUUGCUGAUAUUUGCCUCGGUCUGGGUUACUUCCGUUAAGAAUCUCGACCAGACCAACAUCCAGAGCGCUUUCUUUGCCGGAAUGAAGGAAGACCUAAACAUGUACGGGAAUGAACUGGUCCACGCAACCUCGUUCUGGACAGCGGGAUAUGUCAUCGGGCAAGUCCCGACCAACAUCCUCCUCACUCGUGUCCCGCCACAAUACGUCAUUCCCACCCUGGAGCUACUUUGGGGAGUGAUGACGCUCGCGACUUACUCGGUCAAGUCCGUGAAGUCUUUGUAUGCAUUGCGUUUCCUGGUGGGCCUCUUUGAGUCAGGCUUCUACCCUGGAAUGCACUACAUCCUCGCCUCAUGGUACACUCCGCGCGAGCUCGGGAAGCGGACAACACUUUUCUGGGCGUCGGGCUCUUUGGGCGGGAUGUUUUCUGGGUUUUUGCAGACAGCGGCGUAUAAGAACUUGAAUGGGGUGCAUGGAUUGGCUGGUUGGAGAUGGCUGAUGAUAAUUGACGCGAUCGUAACGCUGCCGAUCGCGUUGUUUGGAUAUGUAUUCCUGCCCAAUUUGCCUUGGUCUUCGAAGCCAUCGUUACUAUUGGACGACCGGGAGGUGGAGCUUGCGCGAGCCCGCAUGCGAGCAAUCGGCCGUACGGAACGCGCGCCCUGGACCCGGGCAAAGUUUCGCCGCAUCUUUACGGGAUGGAAGAUUUACAUCCUCCCCAUGCUGUUUACGAUUGGGUAUAACGCCGGCGCACAGUCGCCGCUGCAGUAUUGGAUGAAGAGCUUCAACAUCAAGCCAUAUCCAGUUCCGGGGCGGCAUUGGACGGUGGAGCAGAUUCAGCUGUACCCCCUACCGACGACAGCGGUCUUCGUCGUGACGGCGCUCGUCUUUGCAUGGCUGAGUGAUGGGCCUCUCAAAGGUGCGCGGUGGCCGUUUGUCCUAUUCGGAGGCGUCUACGGCCUCAUCAUGGACAUCGUCUGGCUCAAAAUGCCGCUCUACACAAAUAUCAACGGUCAUUUUGCCUAUUUCUGGCUUAUCAUGUUGGGGAGUGGCGCGGGGGCCCUCAGCCUGAACUGGGUCAGUGAAAUCUGCGGAGAAGACAACGAAUUGCGCGCGAUUGCGGUUGCGCUGGGAAACGACCUCGCGUAUGUCGUGGCUGCCAUCGCACCGAACUUCAUCUGGAAGACGGUGGACUUUCCGAGAGCGCUGCGGGGAUAUCAUUGGGCGAUUGGCAUGCACUCUCUUUCAUUGUGCUGGGUAUGCCUGAUCAUAUUCCUCGUGCGGCGAGAACGGCUACAGAAGGAGCGACGCAUACGGGAGGCGGAGAAGGGCACGGUGGAAGAACGAGUCUUGGAAUGA